ACUAGUACAAUUGUAUGUAAACCAAAAGCGAGUAGUGUAAUGAAAAGCCGGCUACAACUCUCUGACAACUCUACACUAUCUAUUAUCCCCAUAUUGUUGUUGAUCACAGAUAUCUGGAACAUCGAUUGAGCUGAUUUUGAGGUUUAGCUGCUGUUAUUCAAAGAUUGGAUCUUGAAAGGUUAAUAAAUGGGUUGCUUCUCCUGUUUUGAUUCAAAAGAGGAGGAGAAGCUGAAUUCCCAGAAAGAUAGAGAUGAUCGUAACCGCAAGCAAGCCCAUCUCGCUGCCCCCCCAAAUUUAUCCAGGUUAUCUUCAGGAGCAGACAGACUCAAAACAAGAAGUACCAAUGGUUCAAAAAGAGAAUUUUUGGGCCUAAAGGAUGCGCCUGACGUUCAGAUUGCUGCCCAUACAUUCACUUUUCGUGAGCUUGCAGCUGCUACAAAUAACUUCAGGCCAGAAUCAUUUAUAGGCGAAGGAGGGUUUGGUCGUGUCUAUAAAGGCCAGCUACCUAGCGGCCAGGUUGUUGCAGUUAAGCAAUUGGAUAGGAAUGGGCUUCAGGGGAAUAGAGAAUUUUUAGUGGAGGUUCUUAUGCUUAGUCUUCUUCAUCAUCCUAACUUGGUGAAUUUAAUUGGUUACUGUGCUGAUGGGGACCAGAGGCUUCUUGUCUAUGAGUUCAUGCCCUUGGGAUCACUAGAGGAUCACCUUCAUGAUCUCCCUCCUGAUAAAGAGCCACUAGAUUGGAACACAAGAAUGAAGAUCGCAUCUGGUGCAGCUAAAGGUUUGGAGCACCUUCAUGAUAAGGCGAACCCUCCUGUUAUUUAUAGAGACUUCAAGUCAUCCAACAUAUUGCUUAAAGAAAACUUUUUUCCGAAGCUUUCUGAUUUUGGGCUAGCAAAACUUGGUCCUACUGGAGACAAGUCACAUGUGUCCACAAGGGUCAUGGGAACUUAUGGUUACUGUGCCCCUGAGUAUGCCAUGACUGGACAAUUGACUGUCAAAUCUGAUGUCUAUAGUUUUGGGGUUGUAUUCUUGGAGCUUAUCACUGGACGUAAGGCUAUUGACAGCACCAAACCUCAGGGAGAACAAAACCUUGUCGCAUGGGCUAGGCCACUGUUUAAUGAUCGGCGGAAGUUUGCAAAAUUAGCUGAUCCAAGUCUGCAAGGACAAUUUCCAAUGAGAGGUCUGUACCAGGCUUUAGCUGUGGCCUCCAUGUGUAUCCAAGAACAGGCUGCUGCUCGUCCGCUAAUUGGGGAUGUGGUCACUGCUCUUUCUUAUCUUGCAAACCAGGCAUAUGAUCCAGGUACAGUUUCUGGGCAAAUUCAUAGAUUUGGGGCAGACAGUAAUGAUAGGAGAAAUAAAGAUGAUAGAGGUGGAAGAAUAUUUAGGAAUGAAGAUGGGGCAGGAGGAGUAUCAGGACGUAAAUGGGACUUGGACGGAGGAUCUGAGAAGGAAGAUUCUCCAAGGGAAACAGCAAGGAUAUUAAACAGGGAUUUGGAUCGAGAAAGAGCAGUUGCGGAGGCUAAAAUGUGGGGCGAAAAUUGGAGAGAAAAGAGAAGACAAAAUGCUCCAGACAGUUUUGAUGAUAGUCAUUAGAUGUUGGAUCCAGCUUCCGCAUUCCUCAGCAAGCUGUACCGUUGAUAAGGUAGUCUUGAUCUGAGCUUAAGUUGUAGUUCGUUCACUUGAUGCCUGUAAAAAUUGAAAUUUCCACCAUCUUAGGUAAGAGUGUGAAGUAUUUAAAAGGGAACUGCCUGCCUCGCUUAUUUUUCCCUGGAAGAUGAUGUUUCUGCAAAUGUUUUCUGAAACAUAAGUUAAGAAGACAAAUGAGGAAACAGAAGACAUACUUCAAAUGUGAGAGUAAAGACAACUCUCAAGUUAAUGUUGUGAAGUAUUUAGCUUUCAGGGUCAUUUACUGUCUGUAAUCCUUGACCCUAAACAUGUUAUACUCUAAUCUUGAUUGUGUUAUAUAGCAGAAACUUGGAGAUA